GGGAGAACAGCCAGCCCACGAGAAAGGAGGACUCCAAGUGGACUUUCUGGGAAACUUGGCUAGCUCGGCUAAUGCUUAUUAUCUUUCCUACAUGCCAACGAGUGACUGUAGAUAAGCAGAGAAUGUGGUCUUCACACACACAGUAACGAAAUAUAUUAGCUCACGGUUAACGCGUGUGGAAACUGAACUUCCUUAGAAACAAAACAAAUGUAGCUGAGGAGUGAGCUAGCCGCCUAGCUAACCCGGCUAAGUUAAGACAGGGACGUCCACCCACGAAAGUUCAUGAGUUUAGUGGGUUAAUGUCUAGUCUGUGGAGAAACCCUCGUACUGUGGGCUCUUUCUAAAACGCUGAGCUGCAGAAAUGACAAGGGCCGUUGUGCUGUGAUUGGUCAUUCCCAUGCCCUACCCUGGGUGGGAAUAUCAGAAUGAAGAAGAUCAGCCUUAAGACGUUCAAAAAGUCGUUUAAUAUAAAGGGCAAGGAAGAUGGAGAUUUUGUCAUGCUUCAGAAACCAUCAGUGGCCUCUGAGUUCACAAAAGAUGAUUCCCUCUUUGGAAGCUGUUAUGCCAAAGAACUGGCUUGUGAUCUCCAUGCAGAUGAGGCAAGAGGCCAGAAGAACAGGUCUAAGAGUGAGAGCCUUAUGGGCACCUUAAAAAGAAGGCUUUCCACCAAGCAGAAAGCCAAAGGUAAAGGCGGAUCAGCCAUGGUGGGGUCGAGAGACGAUGAGGACACUUUCUCUUCCACUUCUGUCCCUGUCAGCUUCAAUGAGGUCAAGGCCCAGCGGCCUUUAAGGUCGUCCUCCCUUCAUAGCCACCACUACAGCCCUUCGCCUUGGCCGCUUAGGCCCGCCGAGCCUGAGGAAGCCUGCAUUAAGAUGGAAGUAAAGGUAAAAGCCAUGGUUCACAGCCCCAGUCCAAGCCCCUCCCUCAAUGGGAUUAGAAAAGAGUUCCACAAUGUCCAAAUAGAGGGACUUUUUGACGAUCAGAGCGAAACUUUGAAGAACUUGGAGCCUCAGAAUGGUGACUUGCAUUUAAACAUUGAAGAACAUGUGCCUGUAGACAUUAGACUUACACCUCAGGACUACAUUCAGUACACAAUGCCUUUAGAUGAGGGAAUGUACCCGGAUUCGUCCCAUUCUUUCUGCCUGGACGGCUCGUCACCCAUGGAGGUCAUGUAUCAGGCUGAUGCUGACUCACUGACGGUGGACCAAGGCCAGGACGGUCACGAUCUCCUGUCCUCGGACUUCCUCUUGGAUCAGUCAGGGAGCGGGCUUCUCCUCGGCACUCCAGGAAUAGUCCUUCGGAAUUCUCGGGCUAACGCUCCUUCACUUUCCCCGUCUCUUUCCAGCAGCGAAAUUCCUAGAACCUUCUCUGGGUUCGGUGGCGCGGAUUUGCAUGUCGCUGAGAGAGUGAGGCAUCACCUGAACUUUGACCCAAAUUCUGCUCCCGGUGUUAGCAGAGUGUACGACUCGGUCCAGAGCAGCGGACCCAUGGUUGUCACAAGCCUUACGGAGGAGCUUAAGAAACUCGCCAAGCAGGGUUGGUACUGGGGCCCCAUAACGCGCUGGGAAGCUGAGGACAAGCUCGUCGACCUUCCUGAUGGUUCUUUUUUGGUGCGCGACAGCUCUGAUGAUCGCUAUCUCCUGAGCCUGAGCUUUAGGUCCCAAGGGAAGACGCUGCACACCAGGAUCGAACAUUCCAACGGCAGGUUUAGUUUUUAUGAACAACCGGACGUGGAAGGGCAUACGUCCAUAGUAGACCUUAUCGAGCACUCCAUUAAGGACUCGGAAAACGGUGCGUUUUGUUAUUCCAGGUCUCGCCUACCAGGGUCUGCCACGUACCCGGUCAGACUGACCAGUCCCGUCUCUCGGUUCAUGCAGGUGCGCUCUCUGCAGUACUUGUGCCGAUUUGUCAUUCGUCAGUAUACGCGGAUAGAUUUGAUUCAGAAACUGCCUUUACCAAACAAAAUGAAAGACUAUUUGCAGGAGAAGCACUACUGAACUGGGAUUCAGUAGUAAUUUUGCACUUUGGGCUGAGCAACGAGUUGUUAAAAUGGUUUACAGACAUUUGUAGAGUUGAAGUGAUUUAUUUUGUUUGUGUCAGUUUCUUAUCUUGCUUCUGAAGUUAUGGCAAAUUUGUUGUUCCUCAGUGUAUUUGUUUCUGGAUGACUUUAAAGGGACACUGAUGAUGGAUCAACAGGGCACCCUAAUGGUUCGUUUCACUCUACAGCCAAUCAAAGAUGCACAUUGGGAAAACAAGCCCAGUAGUAUCUCUUGCUGCAGUCCCUGAGGUCAUUCGUUUUUUGUUCAUGCUAUUGUUGCAAGCUAUGGCAUGUGCAACACUUAUAUUAAUAUUUCAGCCUAUUACGUGUUAAGAUCCUCUCGUAAAGUUAAUGUAAACAAAAUAAGAAUCCGUAAGACGAAGACAUCCUUCUCAGUCAGUGUGUGGCUUUAACAUUUGCACAAGUUUCAGAUCAAAAUAUUAAACAUGUUUGGGAUAGGAGUGCUUUAUUGCCAUGAAUAUUACACUAUUUACUGCAAAUAAUACUCAUGUCGAUAUCACUAUCAGGGUCGGAUCUAUGACGGCAGUGCUGACAAAGGCCCCCUCUGUGACCCUGUGAGGAAUCAGCUUUAGAUUUUGAAGUACCACUUAUUUUUGUACAUUUUGUUCUUCUAUUAAUAAGAUGUCAGCCAAUCCUGGCCAUUUGUGAUAGGAACGUUUUCUCAAACAGAAGUCGGUACUUUUUGAUUAGCCUGAGCAUUGUAAGUGUGUUUGUUAAAUUGGUGUUGGUGUCAAUACAUGGGUUCAAUCAAAGCUUGCAGAAUCAAGUUUAUUAACCAUGUAAAAUUAUUAGAUGAUGAGAAACACUUUCUUUUUUCUUUUUUUUUAGCUAAUGAGGUGCUUCUCUCAAAGUUUCACUUGCAACUGUUUCAUUAAAGUCUCUGUGUUGGUAUA